AUGGGCUGCGCGCAGUCGUCCGAAGCGAUCCGUCCCAACAUGUUCCAGACAAAGCUCUGCAUGCACCACAAGACGCCGUGGAUGGACGUGUAUCGCAACCUCGGUGAGCUGGGCAGAGGAGCCUUCGGUGUCGUCGAGAAGGUCGAGCACCUCAAGACCCACAAGCACUACGCGAUGAAGACCGUGAGGUUCGAGUCUGGCAGCAAGCGCCACGAAUUCGAGCGGGAGAUGGACAUCCUGCGAGUCCUGCACCACCCGAACAUCGUGCGCAUGCUCGAGACUUUCGAGGACGACCACCACUUCUACAUCAUCAUGGAGCUCAGCCCUGGCGGCACGCUACUGGACCGCGUGAAAGCUCGCGGCAAGGAGUUCCCGGAGGACGAAGUGAAGGACAUCACGCGGAACUUGGCGUCGGUCAUUCAGUACUUGCACUCGCGCAACAUUUGCCACCGCGACCUGAAGCUCGAGAACAUCUUGGUUGAAACUUUGGACAACGGUGGCCACAUCAAACUUUGCGAUUUUGGCGCCAGCACUCUCUACAAGAUGGGAGCUAGUAUGCGGAAGGUUCUGGGCUCGGUUGUGUACAUGGCUCCGGAAGUGCUCGAGGGCAACUACAGGGAGUCAUGUGAUAUGUGGAGCCUGGGUGUGAUCAUGUACAUGCUUUUAAGCAACAAGGCCCCGUUCUACGGCGACACCGAGGACGAACUCGUCGAGAGCAUCUUCGCAGGCGAAGUCUCUUACGCUGGCAAGGAAUGGGAUGCAGUCUCUCCAGAAGCCAAGGCAAUGCUCCACAAGCUCCUUCACACGACACCGACAGAUCGUUUCACCGCCGCGGAGGUCCUCGCUCACCCGUGGAUCAAGUCCAACGAGAAGACCAUCUUACCUGAAGUGUACGACGAGUUCAUUCCGCGCGUGAAAGCUUUCUGCAACUACACGCCUUUCCAGCGAGCAGCUCUUGUAGCUGUGGCAUUCUGCAUGUCGUCGGCGCGAGUUUCCCUUCACGCAGCUGUGUACAACGAGCUCAACGUGGCCCACAACGGCGAGUUGACACUCCAGGAGCUGUACAUGGCGCCAGCUCUCAUGCGCUUCCAGCUUGACAUGGAGAAGAUCGCCACCGCGCUCGACCAGCAGAACGAGAACGGCAUCAACCUCCUCGAGUUCAUUGCCGCUACUUUGAGCCCCGAAGACGCGGCGGAUGAGGAGCUGCUGCUUUCUGCCUUCCACGUAUUGGAUCGCUCUCACCGUGGCGCCAUCACGAAGGAGGAUCUGAAGGCGCUUCUGGGCCAGCACUUUGACAUUGCAGCGUGUCAGGAGAUGAUCAAGAAGGCCGACGCGGACAAGGACGGCAAGAUCAACUUUGACGACUUCGUCAAGAUGAUGAAGCUGCCCACCAGCCUCAGUGGCAAGGCGAGCAGAGCUUCACUCGCUCAGAGACGCACCUCUGAUGUGGGAGCCCGCCGUUUAUCGGGUGCCUCCGACGCCGAGCCUGUCGUUCCUCGCCGCAGUGUGUCGAGUGCUGGAGCGAACACUAUUGAGCCGGUCACGAAGGAGGCACUGCAGAAGAUUGAGUCGAUGCGGACUGAUCUGACCAAAGAGCCCAUCGCUGAUCCUGUGGCGCCGGAGACGGUCGAGGUGCAGCUUCCUGAAUCUACUGCCUAA